CUAAAGGUCAUCCGCAUUUUCUUUGCCUGUUGCCAGCAAGCAUGCCCUUGUUCAAAUAUCUGUCAUUCAACGACAGAAAUUUAGACAAGUUACCGAGCGACUAUGUUGACCUGCUCCAUGCAUCAUGUAUCAUAUAUCACAGCUCGUGCUAUGUUAACCACUUUAUGCAAUGGUGGUGUCGUGGACUAGUUUGGUGCCACACUCAUAGUUCCUGACCACGGUACCAGGUCCGACCGGUCAGAUCUGAUUCCAAAACCCCUGAUAUACAACAGCAGACCUCGGCGUCCGUCUUCCCAGCGAUGUUGCUAUUAUAAGCGAUCUGGGAAAAUAGAUGGCCUUCAAGUUUAGAUUCCACAUGUCCAAUCGAAGGGUCCCACAAGAUCUCACGACUCAUACCCAGCUGUUAUAGAGUUUCGUUUGAAGAACAAUGCAGUGUAACACCACCUACCCCACUGAUGAGUAGUAACACGGGCACUGUCGACUUCAAAGUCGGCGACGAGACAUACCAAACCUGGUACAACGUCGUCGGUGACCUCAAGUCAGGCAAACGGCCACUCGUUACGCUUCACGGAGGUCCCGGAAUGUCUCAUAUCUACAUGAUAUCGCACAUCGAGAUCUAUUCGCUGUAUGGCAUCCCAGUCAUCUUCUACGAUCAACUCGGCAUCGGGAAAUCUACUCAUCUUCGUGACAAACCUGCUGAAUUCUGGACCCCAGAAUUAUUCAUGGAUGAACUCGACAACCUUCUUGUGCAGCUCGGUAUCGAGAGUGACUUUGACCUUCUGGGGCACUCAUGGGGAGGGAUGUUGGCUGCUGACUAUGUCGCCCAGCGUCAAUCUCCUGGACUCCAUCGUCUAGUCAUAUCCAGCUCUCCACCCUCAGAGCAACUGUGGGAAGAGAGUAUGCUGGGAUAUCUAGAAGCCUUUCCGGCAGAGUUCAAGGAGAUGGUGUUGAAGCACGAGAGAGAAGGCACCGUCUCAUCGACGGAGUAUCAGGCAGCCAUCCAAACUUUCAUGAACAAGCACACAUGUCAGACGAUACCCUGGCCCGAAGAACUAGUUGCUUCGUUUGCUUCUGUGGAAGAAGAUCCAACGGUGUCGAACGCCAUGUCGGGCCCCGCACAGUUCCACUCGACCGGUUCGUUGAGAACCUGGUCUGUGAUCGACCGCCUUCAUCGUAUUUCAUGCCCUACGCUCGUCACGAAUGGGCCCGAAGAGGGAGCUCAGGACUACGUUAUCGCUCCUUUCAUCGAGAACAUCCCCAAAGUCAAGUGGGUCAGGUUUGCGAAGAGUCAUAUCGCGUUCUUCGAGGAUAGGGAUUAUUAUUUCAAGGCUAUCGGUGAUUUCUUGAGGGUAGACUGACGAUGUUUGUUUCUAUGGAAUUUGGUCUUCAGAAAUUUCCACUACUUUUUUUUUUUUUAGUGUUGUCUUUUUUGCACAAUUGCAAUGUGCCGAGCUCUGUUUCCAAUCAUGAUGGGGUGGUUGUAGAGUCGACUUUUGGUGCGGCGCGCGUUCCUACUGUGGACGGUCGGUAUAAUGCGCGUUAUACACUAUUAACUGAGUCCGAUCCAAUACAAAAUAUCCCUCAUGGUUCAUUUCAUUUAA